AUGCUUAAUUCUCUUCCUCUCUCUAAAUGGCAAUGUUGGGUUUGGUUUUAUGCGUUCUUACGAUUCUUGCGGAUUUCACAACAAUUUCUGAAGCAAGAAUCCCAGGAGUUUACAAUGGAGGUGGUUGGGAAACUGCUCAUGCUACUUUCUAUGGUGGCUCUGAUGCUUCUGGCACCAUGGCUCAAAUGCGCGAGCGAUCCCAAGUGGUGCCACUCGGGUAGCCCUUCCAUCUUCGUCACUGCGACCAACUUCUGCCCUCCGAACUUCGCUCAGCCUAGUGACAAUGGCGGAUGGUGCAACCCUCCUAGGCCUCACUUCGAUCUCGCUAUGCCUAUGUUCCUCAAGAUCGCUGAGUAUCGCGCCGGAAUUGUCCCCGUCUCUUUCCGCCGAGUGCCAUGCCGGAAGAGAGGAGGAAUGAGAUUCACGAUCAACGGGUUCCGUUACUUCAACUUGGUUCUGGUCACAAACGUCGCCGGAGCCGGAAACAUCGUGCGGCUGAGCGUGAAAGGAACAAGAACUUCGUGGAUGAGCAUGAGCCGUAACUGGGGGCAAAACUGGCAAUCGAACUCUGUUUUGGUUGGGCAGUCACUUUCGUUUAGAGUCACAGGCAGUGACCGAAGAACCUCCACGUCAUGGAACAUCGCUCCGGCUAAUUGGCAGUUUGGUCAGACUUUCAUGGGAAAGAACUUCAGAGUCUAAGGGCAAUUUCGGGAAAUAACCUAUCAAAAAACCAUUUUAGUAGUAUUUUCUAUUAUUAUUAUUACUAGUAUCAAAUUUCCAAGCCGAAGGCAAUCAGAGUAAUUUGAGAAAUUAUAUAUAUAAAAUAUUAUUAUUAUUUUUCAUGUUUCCAAUUUUCUACCUCUAAUCGGUUUUUUUAGCUGUUGUGUUCGUUGGAGAGUGUGAAAGUGAACAGUGGCUAAAUUGGUCCAUGGUGCUUUUUUAGCGUGUGGGGUCUUAAAUGUUUGAUGAGUUUUCUUUUGGGGUAAAAUUAGAAGUUUGUUGAAAGUAGUAAAAAGCUGAAGCAGAUGCAAAGUGUUCUGCUAUCAGCUGGUUUAGUCUGGUUAUAGUAAAGUAGUAAUAGUUGUUUGUACUGCUUCUUGUAGACCUCUAUAUUGUAAUAUAUGAAAAUUUGGGUAAUUAUGGUUUUAACAUUUUUAUUUUUAUUUUGUCAUCAGUUUAACAUUUAUAUUUUGACAAAGGUAUUAAUUGGUUGGCC